ACGAAAACGAAACAGAGGUGAAUGCGAAGCACAAUUGAGCGAUCCCCAGAGUGUAACAAUGGCUGGGAAAACUCAAACUCACUACUUUCUUCUCUUGUUUCUCUUCUUAAUCUCCAUCAACGCCAAACUUGAUCUCUACCCUUCAGACUACAAGGCACUCCUAACUCUGCAGAAGGACCUCGGAGUCAACGGUCAAGUCUCCGCAACUCUGGCUUGCGAAACAGAGGGCGUGUUCUGCGAGCGGAGGAAGCUCUCCGGCAAGGAAACCUACGCCCUCCGAAUCACCAGACUCGUCUUCAAAUCCAACAACCUCAACGGUGUUCUGUCCCCUUCCAUUGGACGCCUCACGGAGCUCAAAGAACUCUCUCUCUCCGACAACAACCUCUUUGGCCGACUCCCUCCCCAAAUCUUUGACUGCAGAAAGCUCCAAAUCCUCGACCUCGCCAACAACCUCUUCUCCGGCCCAGUCCCCCCAGAGCUCUCCUCCCUCACGCGCCUCCGCGUGCUGGACAUCUCCACCAACAGGCUCUCCGGCAACCUCAAUUUCCUCAAAUACUUUCCCAAUUUGGAAACUCUCUCCGUCGCCGACAACCUCUUCACCGGAAGAGUCCCUCCCUCCGUCCGCUCCUUCCGUAACCUCCGCCAAUUCAACUUCUCCGGUAACCGCUUCCUCGAGCCCUCUCUACAAUCAUCCUCACCAGAAACAAUUCUCUCCAGACGUUUUCUGUUAGACGGCGACGGUGAUGUUCCUGCUCCUGCUCCUGCACCUGCACCUAAUAACUCAAACAAGAAGAAAAAAUCCAAUGCUUCUUCUGGUGCUGCUGCUGCACCAGGUCCCGCACCGAACAACCACAAGCACAAGAAAAGUAGGAGAAAACUCUUAGGGUGGAUUCUGGGGUUUGUGGCAGGGGCAGUGGCGGGAAUCUUAGCAGGAUUCGUGUUUUCUCUAAUGUUCAAGCUGGCUCUGGCGUUGAUAAAAGGAAGAGGAAGGAAAGCGGGGCCUGAUAUCUACAGUCCAUUGAUAAAGAAAGCAGAGGAUUUGGCCUUCUUGGAGAAAGAAGAAGGAAUGGCAUCGUUGGAAAUCAUCGGGCGAGGUGGCUGCGGAGAGGUUUACAAGGCCGAGUUACCGGGAAGCAACGGGAAAAUGAUCGCUAUAAAGAAAAUAAUUCAGCCUCCCAAAGAGGGUGCUGAGUUAGCAGAAGAGGACAGCAAGGUUCUGAACAAGAAAAUGAGGCAAAUUCGAUCUGAGAUCACUACAGUGGGACAAAUCAGGCACCGAAACCUUCUUCCUUUGCUGGCCCACGUGUCUAGGCCGGGAUGCCACUACCUUGUUUACGAGUUCAUGAAGAAUGGCAGCUUGCAUGACACCCUGAGCAAGGUUGAGGUGGGCGAGUUCGAGUUGGAUUGGUUGUCAAGGCACAAGAUCGCUCUCGGUGUGGCCGCUGGACUCGAAUACCUUCACUUGAAUCACAACCCUCGGAUCAUUCAUAGGGAUCUCAAGCCUGCUAACAUUCUUCUUGAUGAUGACAUGGAGGCCCGAAUUGCUGAUUUCGGCCUCGCCAAGGCCAUGCCUGAUUACAAGACUCACAUUACAACCUCCAAUGUGGCUGGAACUGUGGGCUAUAUUGCUCCUGAGUAUCAUCAGAUACUCAAGUUCACUGAUAAGUGUGAUAUUUACAGCUUUGGCGUCAUACUUGGGGUGUUGGUCAUUGGGAAGCUUCCUUCUCAUGAGUUUUUUCAGCACACUGAAGAGAUGAGUUUGGUCAAGUGGAUGAGGAAGAUUUUGAGUUCCGAGAAUCCCAAGGAGGCUAUUGAUACAAAGCUGCUGGGGAAUGGGUAUGAGGACCAGAUGCUUCUUGUUUUGAAGAUUGCAUGCUUUUGCACUAUGGAUGAUCCAAAGGAAAGGCCUAACAGUAAGGAUGUUUGGUGCAUGCUGUCACAGAUUAAGCACUGACUCUGUUGGAUUACUAAUGUGUACCAUAUUUGUGCCAAAGUGUGUUUGUUUAAGAAUAUAAUCUUGCUUCAUAAGGUAAAUUAUGAACCGAUGCAAUAUUGUUUCCUUCAUCAUACCUUGCUGAAUUUCCUUGGAAAAUAGAAAGAAAAUUUCAGCAAUGCAAUGAUCUAUCUAUAAUCUAGUCUGUCACAACUAGUUUGCACUUUAUAUGUUUAUGCAUUCACCCUGCAAAUAAAAUAGUUUUAUGUUGUUACCAUUGCUCUUA